ACAGAAACCGAGAACGUUCAGCCAUUACUGCGCUAUGGUGACUGCGGCAGGCUUCACGUACAAUUCGACACGCGGCGAAACUUGGAUUUACGCACCUCACCGUUGCGCUCAGGUGUCAAAUUAUAAGUGAUUUUACUCCCGCGUGUGUCUCCUCUCCGGCGUAUCUCCGAUAAUUGUCCUUCGGCCUACUUUUGUGCGGAAUUAGAUUAUUCGUUUUUCGGGGGGCUGUGUGUCCAGAUGACGGCACAGGUAGACUACCUGGUGGUGUUUUUCACCGCCACAUCUGGUGCGAGCGGAGCGCUGCUUGGAUCUGACGAGAAGGAGCUCGAGCAGUUGGUUUGGCAGCUCGUGGACGUAAAGAACAAAAAGUUGAGCAAGGUGAAUGAGCUGCUCAUUAAGCCGGACCUUUCAGACUUGGCUGAGGAAAAGGAGGAGGAGGAGGAGGAUGAGGUGGAGGAGAGCGCAGAAAAGGAGAAUAAAUCCAGAGCAGAUAAUGUGUUCACGGCCACAAAUCUUGAGACCGCAUUGAACUUGUUUUGUUUACAACUGACGAACGAGGUGAACAGCGCGGGCGCAGGCACGUCGGUGUGUUUGUGUACAGACGGGCCCCUUCACAUCCGCCAAGUGAUUCACCCCGAGGCUGCCAGCAAGAACAUCCUUGUCCCAGACUGUUUCAACUCUUUCUUUGACCUUCGGAAAGAGUUCAAGAAGCGCUUCCCCACAUCUGACCUCAAGGCUUUGAAUGUACACAACAUGGCAGAGUCUCUUAGUAUACCUGUUGAUUUGCCCGCUAUCUGGGACCCCUCAGCCACACUGGAUCCAUCAGCCAUAUUGCCGGCAGAAAUAGUAGUCCAGCUGGUCCAGAUUAUGGGCAGCAUUGUCCUUGCACUGCUUUCUGAGCCAUCUAGCCACACAUUUUCUACCGAGGAAAGAGUUAGUGAGAAGUUUGAGACUGGUACUUGCAGUAAAAUGGAGAAAGUGUGUGACAACACAGUCAUCAGAGCUAGGGGGUUGCCAUGGCAGUCUUCUGACCAGGACAUUGCUCGAUUCUUCAGAGGACUCAACAUUGCCAAAGGAGGUGCUGCGUUGUGUCUUAACGCUCAGGGGAGGAGGAACGGGGAAGCUCUUGUUCGUUUUGUCAGUGAAGAACACCGAGACCUGGCACUGCAGAGACACAAACACCACAUGGGCAACAGAUACAUAGAGGUUUACAAAGCUUCAGGGGAAGACUUCCUGAAGAUUGCAGGAGGUACCUCCAAUGAGGUCGCAAUGUUCCUGUCCCGUGAGGACCAGAUCAUAGUGAGGAUGCGAGGUCUUCCUUUCACUGCCACAAACGAGCAGGUGCUCACUUUUUUCUCCCCGGAGGAGGGCCUCAAAGAGACGUGUCCGGUCAGCGGAGGGAAGGAUGGCAUCCUUUUUGUUCGCUACCCAGACGGCCGCCCCACUGGAGAUGCCUUUGUUUUAUUUGCCUGUGAGGAACACGCUCAGUGUGCUCUGAGGAAACAUAAGGAAAUCCUUGGGAGAAGAUAUAUUGAGCUGUUCAAAAGUACGGCAGCAGAAGUUCAACAGGUGUUGAACCGGUACUCGUCGGCCCCUUUGAUCUCAGUGGCCCCUGCCCCUCUGGUCUCAAUGCUGCCCUCGGUGUCUCUCCUGCCCCCUCCUGGCAGGAUGCGGGACUGCCUGAGGCUGAGGGGGCUGCCAUACACGGCGAGCAUAGAGGACAUUCUCACCUUCCUGGGCGAGUUUACGCAAGAUAUCAGACCGCAUGGCGUGCACAUGGUCCUCAACCAGCAGGCCCGUCCAUCAGGGGACUGCUUCAUCCAGCUGACGUCAGCAGAGCGGGCUAUCCAGGCCUCACAGCGGCUGCACAAGCAGAUCAUGUCCAGUCAGCGGGGGCCCAACAGCCGCUACGUGGAGGUGUUCCCCUGCAGCACCGAGGAGAUGGGCCUGGUGCUCAUGGGAGGCUCGCUCUCCCACACACAUACACAUGCACACAUCCGGAGUGGGACAGGGCUCAGCCCGCCGCCAUGUAAGUCCAGACGUUUGACUCCACCGUCCUACUCCUUCGCCCCUGCUCCACCCAUCAUGUCUGCAGAGGCAGCUGCUGCCCUCUACCCUUCCAUUGGUCAAAUGAUGCUGGCGCCACGGCCCUUACCACCAGGACACGCCUACUACCCCGCCUCCACUCCGAUGUACAUGAAUUACACGACCUACUAUCCUAGUCCACCAGGCUCACCUACCACACUAGGUUUCUUUCCCUCCCCCUCCUCCCUCUCGUCCCCGGGGGGCUUGAUUCGCAUGCCGGGUCUGACCUACAAUGGCAACGGAGUUAAGGACCUCAUCAACGCAGUGCAAGGAUACCAGUAUGCCCCCGAGGAUGCUCUCAUGCACGCUCACGGGCAUGUGCACGCUCACGACCCGACCGGGACUUUGCUAACGCAGCCCAAAGAAUGGAGUCCCGCAGAGUCUGUGUCUCUCCUGAGCAGCAGUCUGAUUGGUCAGCCCAGCGGAGGAAACGCUCCUCUCAUGUCCCUCCCAGCUCUUAUGACCAACCAGGCGGGGCCGUACCUUGACCUGGCCCUGCUGUAGGGUCACAAAUUUAGGUCAUAUGACAAUUUGAUAAAUAUCAAAGAUUUGUAUGUAUUGUAUUGUUAGGAUUUUGAAUAGUCUUUUAGACUAGUUAUUUAUAUCUUUAAGAACCAAAAUUAAUGUAUUUUAUACCAAAAUCAUUGUCUUUAGCCAAAACAGCAGUUUUUUGUCUUAUAUUGCACAUUUUAAAGCUUUAUAGAGAUUUUUUUUUACUAUGUUACGAUAUUAUAACCACUGAUAUAUUUGCUAGCCAAACAAAAAAAGAAUGACUGUGAAAGUUUGUGUGUGUGUGUGUGAGAAAGAGAUGAAAAUGAGUAUUAUGCAUGGCUGUGUUGAUACGUCUUAAUAGUCUCUUAAUCUUUUGAUGCAAAACAUUUUAUGUUUUUUACAUGUUGGAUGCAGUACACAGUUAUUGUAUUGGAAGCUUUAGUGCAUGAAGAAGUCAGUAGUAAAACUUUAAGAUGUUUACAUAAUGCCAAAUAUCAAUGCACUGCUAAUCAAUAAGACUACAAAUGAUUAAAAUAGCAGUACCUUUGAACGAGAACAUUUGCGUUACACUGUGAGCUUGUCAGAUAGAGUCUGAUCCAGACUUCACUUAAGCAAAUGUGACACCUCACACUUUUACGGCCCCUCUUUUCCUUGUGUACCCUGUUUCCAUGCUGUGUAAUCCCAAUGUCAUCUUUCCAUUUGUUUUGGACUCCCCUUUUUAACGGAGGACAGUCCGAGGGCUCUUCAACAUAAACACAAGAACAACAAGAGGACUCAUGUCACAAGUUCUCAUCUUAGUGAGUGAAUCUCUAGAGUCAGAGGUACUUUCUACUAAAAUGGACUUUGCUCAGACAAGACAGCAAACAUGAGUCCAUCGCACUUGCCUUGUCUUCUUUCCAUCGUCUACUACUCUGAUGUCAGGGAUGAAAUUAAGCAAACACACAUUUCUCUUGAUUACAAAAUCAUUGGGUAGUAGAUGGAAUAUUAAGAAGGAAAUGAAGGACACCUCUGAUGUGUAUCUUAUUUUCCAUUUGCACCCUGCAAGGUUGCUCUUCGGGCUCCAUGUUUCUACAGUGGGAAUUUAAAGUCACGUUUGUCCGGAGAAAUUAUGAAAAGACAAUAAACACAACAUCUUCCCGCUUUCAGGUGUUUCAUUUCACUAUUUUC